AUGAUCAUUCAAAAUUGUGCUCCUGUUUGUUGUUAUUAAUAUAAUGUAGCUACAACAUAGCGGUCUGCUUUAGUGUCUUUAUUCCAUCACAUACUUUGGCACUACCUGCCGGACAGUUUAAGAUGAGCUAUUUUCUCUGCUAGCUCUGAGAAUGGACCAAUAGCAGGACAGAAAAUCAUUGCGUAGACAUAUCUGGGACAUUCAUUCAAUCACUCGGCUUCGGAAAAUUUGGAAGCACACCGACCAUCUUUUGUGUUUUAUUAAAUUAAAACGCUGAUAUGAGGCUUUGUCUGCUGUUUGUGGUCACUCUGGUGUCGCUGGCUCCGGCAGUUCGCGGGGGCGACAAAAAGAAGCUCCAAAUUGGUAUCAAGAAAAGAGUUGACAACUGCCCCAUCAAGUCCCGUAAAGGGGAUGUGCUGAACAUGCACUACAUCGGAAAGCUGGAGGAUGGAACAGAGUUUGACAGCAGCAUUCCAAGGAACCAGCCAUUCACCUUUACUCUGGGAACUGGACAAGUCAUCAAAGGCUGGGACCAGGGCCUGCUCGGAAUGUGUGAGGGAGAGAAGAGGAAACUGGUCAUCCCUUCAGAGCUCGGAUACGGAGACAGAGGAGCACCUCCUAAGAUUCCAGGUGGUGCUACUCUCAUUUUUGAAGUGGAACUACUCGGCAUCGAGAGGAGGUCUGACUUAUAGUGAACAUUAACUUAAAACAAAAUAAGCUGCCUGUUAGUGCUGUUUUUAAGUCACUGUGCCGUACCAUAACUUCUUCCUUAACUCCUACUUACCCAAGACAACGUACAGGGUGACUGUUUCUCUUUACCAUUAGUCGUUGCACUGAAAUACUGUAUAGUGCUAAAAGCUGUUGAAGAUCCUACAUAAUAUAGAUACUAUUCAACUAUAGCUAACAUAUGUAACUGUGGUACUCCAUGGUGAAUUUGAACUCCAAUGCCUUAAACAUUAUACAUUUUUGUAAGCAAAUAAUAAUUUUUAGUUCCGCAUUCAAAGUUGCCCCUUCCAUCAUUCCAGUGUUAUGUUUUUCUGAAUGUGAGACCAACUAGCUCUUUGACUUAAAUGAAUCGUCAUUUUUGAGUAAUUUACUAGCCUGAUAAGUGUAAUUUACAGGGUACGUAUCAUGCUGAGGGAACUAGUCGAACAACACACAUGCAACAUGGUAGCACAAGAUAAGCGAUAGUGCACUGUUCAAUGGGUUUUUAGGCUCUAUUGAAUGGAGUGUUUGUAAAUGAAUUUUAGUUCUGGAAUUCCAAUUUCACUUCAUUGGUAUAUAAGACUUGACCAAUGUUCAUGUUUCAGUUUGUUUAAAUUGAUUAAAGAUAUUUGGAUUUUCAAA